AUGGAAGCGAAUGACUGUUCUUACCGAUUCCAAGGCAUUGAGGGAGAAGAAGUUCCAAGGAAUGUGCAAAACCUGACUUUCACUCCAGGCAUUCAAGUUUUGCUGGAUGACUUGUGCUCCUUCUGCAAGUUUUUGCAGGAAGUAACUCUGCCGCAAGGAUUGAUCAGCAUUGGUAAUGAGGCUUUCAGUUUUUGCAGGAACUUGUUGGAUGUCAAGAUUUGUACCUCGGUAGAAAGUAUUGGAGAAGAUGCAUUUUUUUCCUGCAGACAGCUGAAAAAUGUAGAGUUUCAAUGUUCAAUGUCUUCGCCCCCUCGGCUAGAGACAAUUGGCGAAUCCGCUUUCCAACGUUGCAAGUCGCUGCAAAGAAUCAAGAUUCCCUCGUCCGUGAGCAUGAUUGGUGAUUUUGCAUUUGACGACUGCGAAACCUUGGUAGCAGCAGAUCUGUCAAAAGCGUCCAUCACACAAAUUUCAAGUUGGACGUUUUCUGAAUGUAUGUCCCUACGAACUGUGAGCCUACCAAGCUCAUUGGAGCGUAUUUGUCGAGAAGCAUUUAAUGACUGCGUUUCUUUGGUUACAGUUAUAAUUCCCCUGGAUUCAAGGCCGAUCCAUAUGGAACAAAACUCCAUCAAUGCGUGCAAUGCUCUUGCAAACCUUGUGCUCCCGCAAGGGUCCAAAGCCGAAAGAGACGCUUUUACUAAGUGCGAACUAUUGCAAGGUCGGUAUGGCGAAGGAUCAGAUAGCAUUGUUGCUGGUUUGGCAUGCCGGUUUGACAACUUUCCUGUCCACAAAAUCUGCUACCACCCUUCCUCUACCACCGCCCAAGAACUUUGUGACUGUAUUCAGAGGACGAAUGACGACAUUUUAUCGCUCGUGGAUGAGUUUGGAAUGACUCCGUUCCAUGUUCUAUUUUCUACUCCCGAGCCAAGUCAAGAUCUUCUCAAAGUCCUUCUAGACAAGUAUUCAUACCAUGUUCUUGUGGACUGUCAAGACGCGAAUGACAAUCGACCGAUGGAUUACUUGAUUUCAAACUGGAAUGAAGCAACCGCACCUAUGGUCAAAGAAACUAUGCAAAGAUGGAUGAUUGAUCCAUUCCUUCGUUGGGGUGCUACAUCAUGGGCGGAAGCUAUGCAAAGUAGGGUGCAAGCUCUACUUGCUGGAGAUGAUGACGAUGACAGGGAAAUUUCGAACUAUCAUGCAAUUUGUGACUUUACACUGUUCAGAGAUAUGGAAGUCACGUCGAUCUUGGAAAUGGUAUUGUGGAAAAAACAGCUGAAGGGUGGCCGGAACAACGAUGGUACCAAGCGACAGGCGCUUGACCGAGAAGAGUGCCGUUGUGUCUGUGGAUCGGACGUUGUGAUUCCAAGUGUCGUGGAGUUCUUGGAUUUUAUACUUCCGUCCUAA